AUGAAUCAUUACUUUUUCCUGCGUAUAUACUUUCAAGUGAGCCGCUUGAUAGGACUGUGCAAUCUGCACUACGAUUCCGAGAAUCAUCGUUUUAUCCUCAAUCAUGUGCCCACAAUGACUUACUGUGCCAUCCUGGAUGUGGCCUAUCUGUUGAUCCUUCCAUUCGCCCUGUUCAUGCUAACUGGAAACAUCUACGAUUGUCCAGAUGCGGGCAUGUUUGCCGUGGUCUACAACGUGGUGGCUCUGACCAAACUCCUGACCAUGCUCCUCCUAAUGAGCAGUGUGUGGAUACAGAGAUGUCGAUUGCAGAAGUUGGGCAACGACUUGAUGAAACUGCUGCACAAAUUCCGAUUUCAUCUGGGAAACGAUUGCAGGAAUAGAUGCCUGUGCAAGGCAUUGCUGACCAGCUCGCGAUUCCUGCUCCUUACCCAGCAGCUCGUGACCCGGGACUCCUUGGUUAAUUGUGAGGGUAACUCCAGAUUGAGGAAAGCCAUGCUUCCGUACCAAAUGGCUGCCAUAGUGUAUGCCCUAAUCAUGAUUCUAUUGAUGAGCUAUGUGGAUUUGACGGUCUAUAUGAUCGAAGUAGCUGGCAAUUGGCUGCUGGUAAAUAUGUCCCAGAGGGUUCUUGAAAUGGUCCAGGAUCUAGAGGCCUUGCCCAAACGGAAUGGCAUUCCGCGAGAGAUGGGACUGUUUCAAAUCCUGGCCGCCUGGCGAAAACAUUGGAGGCGCUGUCACCGUUUGGAUGAGCUACUCAAGCAGAUCGUGGACAUCUUCCAGUGGCAGUUGCUCUUCAAUCUGCUUACCACUUAUAUAUUCAACAUUGCUGUUUUGUUCCGAUUGUGGAUUUACCUGGAGUUUGAUAAAACCUUUCACAUAUGGAAGGGGAUACUGUAUGCGAUGAUUUUCCUAACCCAUCACGUCGAAGUCAUAAUGCAAUUUUCCAUUUUUGAGAUUAACCGCAGAAAGUGGUUGGGUCUCCUGGAAAGCAUUGCAAAUCUGUGGGACAUUAAUUUUUCGGGAAGUCAAUUUAACAAUAGUGGAAUAGUUCUGUCUAGAAAGUUAGAGGUUUCCCUGUUUUACUUGAAUCGGAAACUUCAACUGAAUCCAAAACGUGUAAGACGCCUGCACAUCGUCGGAUUUUUCGACCUGAGUAAUUCAUCCGUCCACAACAUGACACGAAGUAUAAUAACCAAUGUGUUGGUUCUGUGUCAGAUUGCAUAUAAAAUAUAUGGCUGA